AUGGGCUCCAUCUCCGAGCACUCCUCGUCAAACGACGGCCUAUCCGUCCUCUUUGUCUGUCUUGGGAAUAUCUGCCGGUCUCCCAUGGCCGAGGCGGUAUUCCGACACCACAUCGCCAAUCUCCCCGCCUCGUCUCCUCUGAAAUUCAGUACCGUCGACUCCGCUGGCACAGGUGCCUACCAUAUCCACUCUCCGCCCGACCCCCGCACCAUGUCCACUCUCCGCCAGCACAACGUGAUUAAAUACAGCCACUCCGCUCGCAAGGUCAACAAAGCCGAUUUCCGGGAGUUUGACUACAUCUUCGCCAUGGACGACUCCAAUCUCUACGACCUGCUGGAACUACAGGAGAAAGUCAAGAGGGACGAUGAGAAGAAAGGAGAUACCGGCCACAGGGCCACUGUAAGGCUCUGGGGCGAUUUCGCGCGCGAUGGGAGUGUUUGCGACAAGGUCGGCGGCGGGGAGAGCGUGCCGGACCCGUAUUACGGUGGUAAUGAUGGGUUUGAAGAGGUAUACAGUCAGGUGGUACGGCACACUGAGGGCUUCCUUAAAUAUCUGGAAAGAAAAACCGCCGAAAGCUGA